CGACCGUCGGAUUCCACUUUGCGACGUAACGCAGUCGACUACACCGGGCUCAAGUCAACAAAUUCCUCGUAGAGGUAGUGAGCUAAAAUUGUCCGUUUUCGUGGACGAUUGAUACCUGCCGUUAUCAAUUCAUAGCGAACAUUGGACUUCAGUGAAGCAAUAGAAGUUGAAAAAGUUCAAGUGUUAUCUGAUUUUCCUCGAUGGAAUGUUAAAUAGUGAUUACCAUUAAGCUUGAUGUGAUUGGAGAUGAGGUAUUGAGGCUGAUAGUGAUUGAGACAUGGCUGCGAUGCAUUACAACACGACAAUGGUAGCCGAGGACAUUCACCACCCGAGACACCCCAGGCACCCCUAUCACCUGGAUGAAUCAGCCACAUCGCCGAGUUCCGAAGAGGGCCGUUCACCAGACGCCGCCUCCCCCCUCAGUUCAGGUAACAUAAACUAUGUAACAAGUGGUGAAUCCAGGAGAGACUCUUCAGACACUGACGUCAACUCUCGUCUCCUGAGUUACGAAUCCAAUCCCAAGUUAUUAUCGAGUGACGAAAGCCAUCCAUCCCCAGCGAAGCGUUUCCGUGAGGAUUCUAAUGACGAUCGUUGCUACAGUGAAACCGGUAUGUGCUCACCAGAAGGACCUGACACGAGGGAAUCGUCCCCUGGACGACAACGUGCAUCGGGAAAGUCAUCCUUCUGUAUUGAUGCACUAUUAGGAAGAGCGACAGCCAAACCUAAGCAUGAAGAUGAUCAUGGGGGUCCUCUUCCUCCACCGCCUCCCCGACGCAGCUCAGGAUCUUUGGGGAACCCGCUGCAUCCAUUCGUACCAAGAAAUGAUCGCAAUCUCCCGGGGCUCAGUAAUAAUCAAAAUUCAAGGAUGUUGCAGGCCAUCAGAGAGUCCAGCGGAAUCAGCUUAUCGCAUUACGGAAGCUUUAAUCCAAAUCCAGGUGAUGGACUGUCCGAUCCAGGCAGAUUCGAACGAAAUCCAGGGGAAAAUACAGAGGACGAGGCUGGAACCGAUGUUGAUGUUGAGGAGAUGAGAGAAGACGAAGCGGGAAGAAGAACCUCUAGUGCAAGUCCAGGUAGCAACGGCAGUCGGAGUCCAGUUUCCAGUCCUCCGAUAUCACCAGGAUCUGAAGACUUAGCUUCUAAUCCAUUAGCUAACUCAGGCAUGCAGGGUCUUGGUCAUUCUGGUCACAGAACUGAUGGACUGUCUUGUGUAGGACCUUAUGGACUAGGUAACACUGGUGUCAACGUGGCCGUCGCAAUGCGCCAGAAUCAGCAGAGUCUUCUUCUACACUCAGGUGGACCUCUUCUUCACCCCUCAGGACUGUAUUAUCAUCCCGGUGGCACUUCGAGUGCCUUUCACUCGAUACACAAGGAUGCUCAGCAGUUAGUGCAAGGACACCCUAGGACCAGUGGUGCUUCUGGAGGAUCAGUACCUGGGCAUCCACAGCAGCAAGCACAACAGCAACCUCAUCAUAUUCACCCCUUACAGCUAGAGUGGCUUGCCAGAACGGGGAUGCUGUAUCCAAGACUGCCUGCUGACUUGGCCGGUUGCGCAGCACAACACGCCCUUCUGGGUAAAACUAGAAGACCCAGGACAGCUUUCACGUCUCAGCAGUUGUUAGAAUUGGAGAAGCAAUUUAGGCAGAAUAAAUAUCUUAGUAGACCGAAGAGAUUUGAGGUGGCUACGUCACUUAUGCUGACUGAAACACAGGUGAAAAUUUGGUUUCAAAAUCGUCGGAUGAAGUGGAAGCGCAGCAAAAAGGCCCAACAGGAGGCCCGAUCGGGCAGCAAUAAGAGCGAAGAUUCAGCUUCAGGUGGGGGCUCAAGUGCGCGAGCAAAUUCUAGCAGCGAGAGGGAAAAUGUUGGUAGCAGUGAAGAUCUCCGCACACCACCCAACGCUACUGCGACGGGUAAUCCUCCGGGCGGCACCAACGUCACCGCCGAGGACAGAGGUACUUCCCACGAGCAUCCCAGGCUCAUCAACGAGCUUCGCGAACCAUUGUACAGGCCCUACGUCGUUUGAGCCGUCAUUCCCGACGUUCUCAUGUAAAUAUAUGAUACGGGAAGUGAGACAAAACGGGAAUCAUUGGACGAUCAUCAGCUGUGCUCCUACCACGAUUUGAAUGAUUUCAUCUCAUUGUCAACGUCAAAGAAAAACUCUAGAUGAGAUAAUUUCCCAAACGCCCGCCCAUUUUGCCCCAUUCCCCCCCCCCCCACUUGGUUAUAUCCAUUUUUAGAUAAAUUGUCAAUCACACGAAUGUUUCGACCGAUUUGUGCGAGAGAAAAUGACUUUGUUAUCGUCUAGAUAUAGAACCAUUAAAUCUACAUGUAAUUGUGUAACAUAAUACAAUUAUAAAUAAUUAGAUCCUAAGAAAGCGGAAAAAAAAUUGUACAUAGUAAUCGUGCAUCGAUUUAAGAUAGAAUGAAAUCAAUUGUGAUGAUCGAAGAAUCUAAUAUAUUGCGACAAGUUCCUAUAAUAAAUUAUCGAGAUAAAAUAUUAAACAUGUUUGU